AUGAUACGUCUAGGGUGGCUUUUAUGGGCUUUUGCUGGUUUGCCAACGUCGAAAAAGUUAAACUCUUUGUGCAAGAGUGGACUAGACCAGGCGCGAUCAAACGACUUGCAAUCGCUCCAUUGGCAUCCCAACUUCCGACUUGGGAUCUUCCUCUCGGUCGCCGCCAAGAAGAACUCAUACAGUGCUUCAGAAAUAACAACGGAUGCGCCGAAUCUCACCCUCAAUGCUGCGGUACCCAAGCCAAUGGAUGGUGUUGUGCUGAAAAGAGCUCGUGUUGCCGAGAAAAAGAGAACGGCAGCUGCUGCGUUGAAGGACAGAGUUGUUGCGGAACUUCAAAAGAUCCAGGCUGGGGAGCUUGUUGCGAUGCUGAUGAGACAUGCUGCAAUCCUUCAGUCGGGAAGCCAUUUUGCUGCGAUGAAGACCAGAAGUGCGACAAUGAUGCCCAAACAUGCAUCAACCCGACGUGAGGCGGCCAUUUUACAUUCAAUUAAUACUCAGCUGACACUAGCCAGAGCAACUGUGACCGAGACAUCGACUUCGUGGACGACAGAAACCGACACCGAGACCGUUACUGUAGAUGGCACAACCACCGUGAAGACCGUGUCGACCAAAGAAACCACCUUGUUUGUGACGGUAUCCCGAGGCGCCACGGAUGAUGAGGCUACCAUGGAGGAAGUGGCCACAGGCUCGGACAGAAAGCAUAAGCGACUUGUCCCUGCUGCUCCUCAUAAACCCCUUGGUCGCGAGGCUCGCGCAACAACCAAGACAUUACAGCCGGUCGUCCUCCGGCCAGCCGCAAGCCUCAAUGCGCUGGCUGACGGUCUAGCUCGACGAGGGAUCCCCAUCCACAGACGAGCAACAGACACGGAUACAGUCUAUGAGACGGAAAAGGCGACAACAACAAUUACCGACACAGAAACAAAGACAGAAUGGACAACCAAGUACUCAGACUCGAUCACAACACAUACACAGACCGUCACGGUUUAUGUUCAAGACCAAACCACCGUCACCGUAGGGCCCACUGGGACAUCAGCAAGCUCUUCAGAAUCAGGCUCCGGCGAUGGGUCAUCCAAAGCCACUAUUAUCGGUGCAGCUGUUGGUGGCGGCUUGGGCUUGAUAUUGAUUGUCUUGCUUGCUUUUUUCCUGUGGAGGCGACGUAAGUCCUCAAAUGAGACACAUCCAAGCCAGGUAAGUCAGGUUUAUGCAGCCAGCCACAGCGAAGCCCCUGCAAUGGCACAGAAGUCACCUCCUCCUUUCGUGUCCCCAACCGCAACGCCUACGCCAUUACCAGCGGCCGGAGCACGCGACACUUGGGCCUCAAGUCCCAGUCAGGAUGUCAGGGGCGACUAUGCCUAUGCCCAGCCUCCUGAAUACAAGUCCCCCCCGCCAGAGUUGGCAGACACUCGAUUUGCUCAUGAAAUGCAUACAUCGCCGCAGCGGUCGCCCCAAGAGCUGUAUCAUCCCCAGUACAUGAGUGGUUUGGCAUUGCCUGGAAUGAGGGAUCAGCAGAGGGGUUAG